AUGUUCGGCCAGGUCGUCUGGCAAGUCGCACAUAGGUUGGGCCAUCUCUAUGGCCGUUCUUCGGACUUCGCCAUGGAGAAAGCAGGUCUUCUGCGCAAAGAGAAGCGAGCUCCAAACCGCUACAACCUGUUUAAAACUUUUGCUAGCAGGACGAAACCAGAGGAGGGAGAUCAUGAAGGCCUCCAGCUCUGGAACAGGGCCACGAAUGAGGAGUACAAGAAGCUUAUGGAAGGAGCGACAACAAAAGAAGAGAAAGAUGAACGGAUGCAGGAGGCCGUUAGUUUCAUCAAGAAUCAAGUCAAUGAAGAAGGGACCAAUGUCUGUGACGCGAACCUUCGCUUCGCGUCUCACAUGAAGGAAAUUCGCGAUCUUGUACAUCUGAUUGGUUUGUUCAUCACAUUCUUCUUACAUACACCACUUCUUUUACAGAUCACCAAUAUCAAACGUCACGACAAAUCUUUCGACAUUGCUGGUAUCUUGGUCUACAGCGGCAGAAAUCUAACGGCCAAAGUCUGUGCUAUGCAUGCAGACCAGCAAAUUAAGCAGUCGAUGGAGGAACUAAAUGUGACUCCCUCGACUACAGCUAGCUCCUCAACGGCUCGCGCCCGGACCAGCCUUGCAUCUGCUUUGAAGAAGGAGGCUUCUUCGGAUAAGGAUGUGCUACCUUACACGAAGGAACGUCAGAAACAAUUCACGCGAUUGUUUCUUGAUCUUUUGAGUUGGGAUUCUGCUAUGGUCGACAUAGCCUUCUGCCCGGGAUUUGCACCUACCAAGAUCACAAGCUCUCAAUGGAAGCACCUAUCGACUCUGAUUGUAAAGAAGCUCUUGGUGGUGAAGCCCUGGUCUGAUGAGCAAAGACUAAUCCCAGAGAGUGAAGCUUGCUUCGGCGAGAUCCCUGUCAUUAUUAACUCCAAAGGUCUUCCAAUGGUCUUCGUCAAAGACUCGACUAAAUGGGUCUGUCACAAUUGCUCUAUUUCGGCCCCAACGAAGAAGCGCGAUCAGAAAGGUGAUACAUCUUCCCCUGUCAGUUCUUUCCCUUCGUCUCCGGCGUUGUCCACGAAGAAGCGAUCACAUGACACCGCCAUGGCCUCGCCUGAAGAAGAACUCAAGCACAAGUCCACAAGAGAGUACCACCCUCUGCCGAAACAACCAGAAGUGGAACCUCCCGCUAAACGCCAACGUCACGUCUCCUUCACCUCCCUUCCCGAUAACAUGUUUUAUACCAAACUUCGACAAGCUGAACAUCCAAUCUCCUUCUUUGACCCACUCAAGAACCAGAAAACACCAGCUUCAUCAUCUCGUUCAGUCUCUCAACCCUUCGCUAGUUCUUCAGGUCACAUUGCCUCAUCAUCUCGAUCAGUAUCUCAGCCUUUUGCUAGUACUUCUGGCCAUGCUCGUGUUUCAGGCAAACUCGGCGUAAAUCUCGCCAAAUUCCAGGAGCCGGAUUUGGACUAUGUACCACCGCAAUCCGCUGCCUGGAAGAAGGCGUUAGCAGCGGUGGAUACCGAUUCUCGCCGCAUAACCUCGAACCCCGUCGGGAACAAGCUCCGCGGUUAUCAAUUCCCGGACCCCUUUCUCUUUAUCACCGGCGCAAACCAUAGAAGCAUGAUACUGGCUUGGCUGAUGAUGCAAGCUCAGUGGCUUCAGUCGCUCAUCAACGUCGAUACCGCCCUGCAUUUGCCUGCGCCCCAGCAUUGGCAGAAUUAUCUCUACGAUUUCGCCAAGGAAAUGCGCUUGCUCCCUCCGUUACCCUCAACGAGCAAAGUAGCCCAUGGUGGGGUGCAAAAAAACAAGGGAAAAGAUCGGCUUGUGACAAAGGGGACCAACCGCCGUUCUUCCAAGGCCAAGGAGGUUCAAGCUUCUAUUUUCUCCAAUGCAGUGUCUCUCGGCUCUCGUCCCAAUGUGGUUUAUUGGGGGAACGUGGCAGUCAUGCAAGGGGAAAACGACGCCGGCCUCACCCCUGACAUCAUAUCACAGGUGAUUUGGAACGUGUUUGAACAGAAUUUCCGCCACGAGAUCCGCCAGCUCGACCGUCAUCUCUUGCCUGCUGCCUGGACAUCAGUAUCUGAAGCCGGCUUGCGCGAGAACCUCAUUCGUCGCAUUUUCCCUGAUGACAGCAACGGUGUUGUCAUCUCCACAGAUCCACCUUCUCACGUGGGCCUAGCGGCGGAUAAUUGGCAGGAUCGCGUGAAGUACGUGGAAGCUUUACGACGAGUGGUAUUGGAUAAGACAGUCAAUGGUUGGUUUUUGCCUUUCUUCCCUCCCCAUCUUUGUCCCUCGUCUAACGGCGCCAUGUUCAAACGGAAAGCGGUAAAGUCUCGUGAAGAGCUUCCCAGAAGCUUAGUGGCAGCAGGCACAUUCCAAACACGGAGAGUCUAUGGCACGGGAGACAUGACAUCUGAACCCCGGGCCAAUGUUUACACUCCCCAGGGCCAUUUUGUCCAGCAUAUAGAUUCCUUUCAAGAGGAUCAAACUGAUACUUUCAAGGCUUUGGCCACUGACAUAAUUGGUGAAGCUGAAGGGGUAAAACCAGGUAAAAAGGCACGCCAAUUUCAGCGAUGGGAGGGGGAAAUCCUUCCUGCUCUUAUGCAACCUUAUAUUCAACUCCUGAGGGAGACUGACUCUCUGCGAAAUAUGUUAGAAGUUAGACAGGUGGCUGGUUGUAGUGGUUGUCAUGCCGGGAGAUCUUUAAAAGUUGCAUGUAUAUUUUUUGAAAGGAUUGAGACACUCACUCUGUGCACAUGCACAUCUCCAGCCCUGCAACUGCUUCAGCGGGUUGACCUGAAUAUGCUUGAGUUUGUCAAUGGCCUUUUUGUCAAUGCUGCGCCAAAUACAACAGCUUGGUGUGAGACCUUGGAGUCAUUUCUUGGUAAUAGGAGGUACAAGCUAUCUACUCGAAAUAACUUGCGCCGGCACUUUGGGGCUGCUAUGCAGUGGUAUGCUACACUGAUUGAUAAGAAAAACCACCAGUUGGCCAACUACUUGGAUCAAUUUAGGCUGCCAGUCACUGAUUCUUCAGAUGAUGAUGCAGAAAUGAUCAGUCCAGAUAGUGAAAAUGCUACUCCAGAGGCUGCAUCUGUUCCUGAGACAGAUAAUGAAGAUCAACCGAAUGCAUGCUUCAAGCAGAAAUCAAGAAAGGCUCAAGGCAAGGAACCACCUGCUCCUCAUGAAAAGAGAGUUAAAGCUAGUACUCAGUUCUUCUCAGACACAGGUCUAAUGGCAAUGCUCUGUCGACAUGAUCGGGUUCUGUGGCUUGCCAAUAUGACUUCAGCUGGUGAAAAGCAACAUUAUGCUCUUGUUCUUUUGGAGCGUCUCUUUGAUCACUUACCCUCUACUGCACGUUGUUUCAUGCUUAUGGUCAUCAUGAAACAUCUGGACCGCAAAUCUCUCAUGGGUCUGGGAGACUGGCUAAGGAGAAAAUGGAAUGCUGCUAUUCUGCGAAGAAAUGAGGCUACAGCUGUUUUGGCUGAACUUCAGCAGAAAAAUAUCACUGAAGAUCUCUUGAGAACAAAUUGGGCUGCUCAGAUGGCUCACCAGACAAAACCAAGUCCCAGGCAAGGAAAAAACUUGGUGGACAAGGUUAUUCAAGAGAUUUUGGAGCUAAAGGAUUCUAUGACAGAACUCAAAACAGAGCUAUAUAAGUUUGAGACAAUGAUUCAAAAGGGGAAAUAUGAUGAUGGCUGGGACGUUUCAGAUGUUAGACUGCAUCUGGAAGAUCUUAAGGAAAAAUUUGAGAAGACUGAGAAGUCAUUGAAGUCUAAAAGUGCCACAUUGGGAGCUGAUAGCCGUUUAAAUCUUGAACGCUUGCUGGGCAAUAAGUUCCUUCGACUCCGGGUCAAUGCUUUAGCUGUGAAACAACACUUGAGAAAUCGUCUGCAACAGCGCAAAUUUGAACUAGAUAGUUUAGAGCGAGCAUAUCGUAAGACAACAACCAAUAAAUCUCAAAUAAAGCGCAAAGAACCAGGAAUUCAAAAGUUGGCCAAGAAAUAUAAUGAUAUCUGUGCUGAACUGGAAAAGAUGAUUAAAAGAAAAGAAAGUCCUCGUGGUGCAUGUGCACCACACAGAAUAGCCACUGAUGGCCUGUUCAAACUAGAUGUUGAUGAUGACAUCUGGCAGGAUGUUGGUUUAGAUGACAUGGAUCUCUCUUCUGGCAGGGAAAUCCCACAAUGGCUGGGUGAUGAAGAAGAGUGGAAGUGUGUUAUGAUGGCUAUGCAAAGUGAGCAAGAUCAAGAUGUUAGGCAUCAACUGGAGUUACAUGCAUAUACUUUGCUAUGUCUAUGCAACAUCUGGCAGGAUAAAGUAUGCUUAGUGAUUCCACACAAGACAAUGAGUCCAUCUUGGGGUCCAAGAGUUGAGGAACUUGCACUGGCCCGAACCUGGGAAUCAUCUGAAAUGACAAUGGAGAAUGAGAUUGAUGGUGAAGAAGAGGAUGAGAGUGAUGAUGAUGAAGACCAAGAGGAUGAUGGUGAAGAGCAAGAGUUGCUUGAAGCUGUUGAAAUGGUAGCACUUUCGAGGUCUUUACGCUGCCACUGCUUUUCCGAGCGGACUCCGAGCGGACUCCGUCGGACUGAGGGUAUGCAGAACAGAUAUUUUUCUGCUUUGAAAUGCAGCAAAUUUUCCGGUGAAUGUCCGAAGCUUUUCCGAGCAUUUUUGGUCGGACUGAAAAGUCCGUCGGACUUUUCCGACGGACUUCCGAUGGACUAA